UUUUGUAACAUCGUGCAACUUUAUUAUCUACUCAAUUCCAGCCGGUGAAGGUAAACAAAUAUAAUAAAUUUAAUAUUAUAAUUUAAUAAAUGGCAAAACAUCAUCCAGAUUUAAUAUUUUGUCGGAAGCAACCUGGAGUUGCCAUUGGUCGAUUGUGCGAAAAAUGUGAUGGCAAAUGUGUUAUUUGCGAUUCUUAUGUUCGACCAUGUACCUUAGUACGUAUCUGUGAUGAGUGCAAUUAUGGUUCUUAUCAAGGACGAUGUGUUAUAUGCGGUGGACCAGGUGUUUCCGAUGCUUACUAUUGCAAAGAAUGCACAAUUCAGGAAAAAGACCGUGACGGAUGUCCGAAGAUUGUAAACCUUGGAAGUUCCAAAACAGAUCUGUUCUAUGAACGGAAAAAAUAUGGAUUCAAACAAAACUAUUAACAUUGGAUAUUAUACGUCUAUAUUUUAUACUUCAAUCCACAAAAUAUGUAAAUGUAAUAUGUAGUCUAAUAUAACUUUAAACGAAAAGCAAACAAGAUUAAUUAAUUUCAAA